AUGGUUCAGAACUCAGUUCAAUUUGGGAGUUCUCCGACGGAGGAUCCUAAUAUGCAUAUUCGGGAUUUGAUCGAGAUCUACGAUACUUUCAAGUUCAAUGGUGUUACUGAAGAUGCCAUAAAAUUGAGGUUGUUCCCAUUUUCUCUGAGGGAUAAAUCUAGGGGAUGGUUGCAUUCUCUACCUGCGGGAUCUAUUACGACAUGGGAGAAUCUGGCUCAGAAAUUUCUUAAUAAAUUCUUCCCUAUGGCCAAAACAGCUGCAAUCAGGAAUGCUAUCACUCAAUUUUCUCAGCAAUCUGGUGAAACUCUAUGUGAAACUUGGGAACGCUACAAGGAGAUGCUUCGAAAGUGUCAUCAUCAUGGGAUGCCUGAUUGGAUGUGUGCCAUAUCUAGUGAAUCAGCUCAGUUUGUGAGCAAUUUUCAUAGGUCUCAACAGCCAGCCCCUGCUACUUAUCACCCCAAUAAUCGGAAUCAUCCGAAUUUCAGCUGGAGCAACAAUCAGAAUUUCAAGCAACAACCGCAACAACCUUUUCAGCAGCAUGGAGCUAGACGAUUCAUCCCUUCUGGUUCUCAAUAA